AACAGCGGUUUAAAAAUACUCUACUCAUCAGAAACAACACAGUAAAACAAUCAGCUAUCGUACGGAUUAAUUAUAUUAUAUAUCGUACGGAUUUAUUUAAAUAAUACAAGGAUAAGUUUUAUAAAUAUAGUGCGUCAUCGUGGAGGUUGAGUUUUUUUUUUUUUUUUAAGAUUUUUACCCAGCAGGCUGUUCGGCCUAUAAGAAGGCGAGGCAGCGCUCUGGACUCAGAAGUGCAGAAAUUGCGUAACGAUGAGACCUGGCGAGUGUGUGGAUGGCGCUGCAAAACUUUAGUUAACGUCGUCGUUUUUUCUCCAGCCCUCGGUUUGAGCGCUCCGACCGGAUCCGGUGUUUGUACACCAGUUUGUCUGAAGGAACAACAGCGAUGGCAAAUAUGGCCGAGGCCUCAAACAGCAGCCAGAAUGAGUCGUGCAGCGUCCUUACCUGGGAGCAGGUGAGCCGGCUAGAUGAGGUGCUGAGUGAGCCGGUGCCAGUCCACGGCCGGGGCAACUUCCCUACCUUGGAGGUGCGGCUGAAGGAAAUCGUGCAGAAAGUGCGCAACCGACUUGAGAAGAGCGGCAUCACAGUCAAAGACAUCCGCUUAAACGGCUCCACUGCCAGCCACGUCCUGGUCAAGGACAUCGGCUGGAGCUAUAAAGAUCUGGAUGUCAUCUUUAGAGUUAACCUCCCUCAGGAGACUCAGUUCCAGCUCAUCAAAGAUGUCGUGCUGAGCACUUUGUUGGAUUUCCUACCAGAAGGGGUUAACAAGGAGAAGAUCACACAUAUGACCCUGAAGGAGGCCUAUGUGCAGAAACUGGUCAAAGUGUACACGGAGCAGGAUCGCUGGUCCCUUAUCUCCCUGUCCAACAAUAACGGACGCAACGUGGAGCUCAAGUUUGUAGACUCGAUCCGCAGGCAAUUUGAAUUUAGCGUGGACUCCUUCCAGAUAAUUUUGGACUCUGUGCUGUCUCAUUACGACUCAGAAAAGCCUCUGUCUCAGCAGUUUCCUCUUGAUGUGAAGGGGGAGAGCAUGUAUGGUAACUUUGCUGUUGCUUUAGACCAUCUCAGGAACAAGCUGAUUGCCACCAAAAGGCCAGAGGAGAUCCGUGGAGGUGGUUUGCUGAAAUAUUGUAACCUCCUAGUGAGAGACUUCAGGCCCACAGACGAAGAGGAGUUCAAAGCUUUGGAGCGCUAUAUGUGCUCUCGCUUCUUCAUCGAUUUUCCUGACAUCGGCGAGCAGCAGCGGAAACUUGAGGCCUACCUCCAGAGUCACUUUGUGGGUGAGGAGAAAAGCAAGUAUGAAUACCUCAUGAUCCUGCGACGGGUUGUGAACGAGAGCACAGUCUGCCUCAUGGGACAUGAGAGGAGGCAGACUCUUAACCUCAUCUCACUCACAGCGUUCCGGGUGCUUGCUGAACAAAAUGUCAUACCAGAUGCCUCUAAUGUCACCUGUUACUACCAGCCAGCACCCUAUGUCCGAGAUCUGAACUUCAGUAACUACUAUGUUGCCUCUUGUAACCAGUCCAUUCCAACCUGGCUGCCAUGUAACUAGGAGACUGAAAUGAUUAUGCCUUAUUAAUGAAGAAGAAAAACUUAAACAAAAAAAAAAACAAAAAACAGCUGUUUAGCCAUGAGUGGUAUUUCUAUGUAUGGGCAUAAAGGAUAUUUAAAAGGACAUGUUUUUUUUUUUUUUUUUUUUUUUUUUUCGGCACUCAGCUUAAUUCUUAUCUGUCAAUUGUCAAGUGUCAAGACCUUUGAAUCCAAAGUAAUAUAUAUUUUAAGAGUUUGGAUUAUCUAUAUUUGGGGGGGGGUCAAAUGCCCCUUUAAACUUUUCUCAGAUUGUUUUUGUUGCCUUUUGUCCUUAACUUUGAGCAGUGCAUUUUUUUGCAAGCUCAGUACUUAUUGUGCCUUAUUCCUCCCUACUGUACUAAAUACUUUUGUCUUUUGGGGAGGAAAAUAUUUUUCAAAGGACUGUUAAUGCUUCUUGUGGUAAAACUUGAAAAUGCCAGAAAAAAAAACACAAAAUUGUUAUAAAAUGGGGGGGAAAAAAAAAAAAAAAAAGAUUUUGGGUGACAAAAAAAGUAAGCACAGGCUUAAACAAAAAAAACACAGUGUGCAAUGAGGAGGGUUCCCCCUUUUUUUUUUUUUUUUUUUUUUUAUAACUACUGUGAGCUGCUAAUAUCCUUAAGAGCUUUCAGCUUGAGCGUUUUAACAAUUCCUGUUUCUCAGCUGAUCAUAACCAGGGUUAUGAUGAGGUAAAGGACGCUGCACAUUUGUUAUGGAUACAGAUGCUGAAAAUAUAGUUUACAUAGCAUUUGUUUUGGGGUCGGCUUCAGCCACGUACAUCGUUUGCAUGCAGAAAUAUUUUUAGUAUUCCAGGACAAACUUCAGAAAGUUAUCUCGGAACAGCUGCAAGUUACAAACUUGUUCAGUCAAGCAUUUCUAGCUGUUGUGAUGUCAGGUUUCUAACAGGACAAAUUAAAGUUGUAGCAUUUUCCCCCUUAAGGACGACAGUGCGGGUAACAAUUUAAAAGCUAAUUUGUCAUUGUUCUGUGAUUCAGUAUGGAUAAUGUAAUGUCUGCCAUAGUUGGCUGCCGGUGAGAGGCCAGGCUUGCCUUUGAGUGACUUGUACGUGAAGCUGAAUUCUAAAUGAAAGUGUACACGUGAGGGGAAGCAUGAUGACGAGGUUGUCCCCUUUCCUUUAAAGGAUAAAGCGUUUGGUGUCCGGUGCUCUUGAGUCUAUAGUGAUCCUUAGCAGGCUUUGCAUUGCUGUGUAACAAGAUCCAAACUGGUGUCGCACCGCUCUAAAAUUAUCUUAAGCGGCGCAGGGCAGAAUAUGUCUACGCUGAAGUGAAGUGGGCAGGGUUUUCUGCUGUGACGAACACCUUACAUGUGCUUCUGCUGCUCUUGGCCUUUACACAGAUGCACGUGGAACCCUUUUCUGGUCAUUGAAGCGGGCCCCAUUCACAGAAAUAUUACAGUAGCUCGAAGUAGACUCCAAUUAUGGAUUUUAUCCUGCUAUGGUUAAUGUUGCUUGCCUCAACUUUAAAACUGAUGGCCAUCCAUGACUUAUGCUUGUGUGUGUGAGUUGUUUUAGACACAUAAUUUAGUGAUCAUCUUUUUCAAUUUGAACUAACAGCUGUUCCACAUUUUCUUACAAAGUCGGUCUUUCUGUAGAUAACCUGGAGAGUCACACUCGGCCUCUUAUCUGCUUCACACAGACUUUGGAGGGACAUAGGAAAGGGUCACUGUAGCCCCUGGCAGUUGUGGUCACACCCUGGGUCAGGACAUAUUGAAUUUUUGCUUUUUUUGUUUAAAUUUUUUUUUUGGCAGGCUAAUUUUUAGUGUUGAGUGGGAGGAUAGUCGAAGGUAGUUGAAGUACGUGUAUAUUAUGGAGCUAGACAUUUUGGUGUCAUGUGAAUUUGUUAAUGUCCUCUCUGGUCCAUCCUUCCACCCUGCUUUUCAUAAACCUAGUUGUCUAGUCAUUCCAGUAAUAGAGAGUUAAAUAAAUAAAUAAAUGGAGACUUCAAUAGAUUUCAUUCACCCCAAUGAGCAGAGCAAAAUUGGGCACUGACCAGUUAUUGCUAAAUACCUCACACACUCAAAUUUCUAAAUGUGUACAGGCGUUCUUGUUGUACAUCAAAACCCGGCGAGCUAGUAAGUGUUUAAUCUCUAAAUAACCUAUUGGGAAUGUAUCCUGGACGAAGGGCUGCUGUGUGUUUUUUGUGAAUUAUUUAACUGGCAUUCUGGCCUGAAAUGCUAUUUUUCUCAUGUGAUUGACGGGAUGUACUUAAUGUGUGUGGUGUUCAGCUGUUGUCUGCUUUCUGAUAUUAAUUUCUCAGAUGUUCAUGGUCCUAUUUCUAUAAAGCAAACCCAAGUAUCUGUUACUUAAACUAUUAAUUUAAUGUUUGUGAAAAUCUAUUCAAAAGCCCUAAUAGGUUUUAGACCACAGAUGUGACUUUGGUGCAGCAUCUCGUUAACCUGGCCAGGUUGAGCUUUUUUAGCUGCCAUUGUACAUGUUUUAUCUUGUCUAAUUAGACUUCACCCAGAUAAGGCUUGGUAUGAUUAGGCUCGGCUGGGCACAUAUUGGUUGGUUGUAUAUAGGAUGAUGGCAUUUGGAAUGGAUGCAUGCAUAGUGUUUAUACCAAUGCAUAAGUAUUUUGUUUUUUCAGAGAUGUUUUAAUUUUUUUUCUGCUGUAAUUCCAGUAUUCAUUUGAACAUUCUUUCCUUUCUGUCUGUGAACAACGAUGUUUGAGAUUUGCUUGUACUGUUGCACUAUGUCUCAGAAAGCAUCUGUAUCAUUUUGUUUUUAGUGGACGAUUGUGAUUGUGUGGUGUUUGGGCAAUUGUUUUGCUGAUGCUGGAGGCUUUUUUUUUUUUUCUGGAAGUCCUUUGCCAGGUGAUAGUUGUAGGAUAUGCAGUUUUUGUGUUAUGUCUGACUGUGCCACUGAUUUUGAGUAACGAUAAGGAAAGAUCACUUUUUUUUUUUUUUUUUUUUUUGGGAUAAAGCUUUUGUCAAUUUGGUGUUUUUGAGGUUUCUUAAAAUGUUUCAUUGUUAAUUUGAGCACUUUUACCUAACUUUAAUUUACCUUUGGAUGGAGUUGAACAUCAGGAAAAUGUCUAUGUAGAGGGGGAAAAAAUAAAGUAUUAAACCCCACAUUGAACCA